AUGCACAGUGAACAUAAAAAAGAACGCAUAAUGAAAGACAUAAUCCGUAUAGAUGUAAAAAGCACAACUCCUAACCAGAACAUAAACUUAAUCAUAUACUAUAAAACAAAGAAGACAAUCGACUUCCUUGUUAAAAACAGCCUGAAGCCGACGGAGAAUCCUUUGCUGCCGUCAGACGUGAGCUCCACUAUUGGUUGUCCCCCCUUGCUACCCGGCAACCCACUUCUUCUUUCCCUUUCAACACCCAUCUGUCGCAUUCCAAAAGAUUCCCCAUACCCCAGCCACACCAACGCCAGCCACACCAACGCCAGCCACACCAACGCCAGCCACACCAACGCCAGCCACACCAACGCCAGCCACACCAACGGCAGCCUCACCAACGCCAGCCACACCAACGCCAGCCACACCAACGCCAGCCACACCAACGCCAGCCACACCAACGCCAGCCACACCAACGCCAGCCACACCAACGCCAGCCACACCAACGCCAGCCACACCAACGCCAGCCACACCAACGCCAGCCACACCAACGCCAGCCACACCAACGGCAGCCACACCAACGGCAGCCACACCAACGCCAGCCACACCAACGGCAGCCACACCAACGGCAGCCACACCAACGCCAGCCACACCAACGCCAGCCACACCAACGCCAGCCACACCAACGCCAGCCACACUAACGGCAGCCACACCAACGCCAGCCACACCAACGCCAGCCACACCAACGCCAGCCACACCAACGCCAGCCACACCAACGCCAGCCACACCAACGCCAGCCACACCAACGGCAGCCACACCAACGCCAGCCACACCAACGCCAGCCACACCAAUAUACAACUUCCUGUCACGCCAAAUGCCCGGGAAACCAGCAAGGCAGGAGAGACAGACCAGCCUGAAGACACAGGCCAGCCUGAAGAUACAGACCAGCCUGAAGACACAGGCCAGCCUGAAGACACAGGCCAGCCUGAAGAUACAGACCAGCUUGAAGACACAGGCCAGCCUGAAGAGACAGACCAGCCUGAAGACACAGGCCAGCCUGAAGACACAGGCCAGCCUGAAGAUACAGACCAGCCUGAAGACACAGACCAGCCUGAAGAUACAGACCAGCCUGAAGACACAGACCAGCCUGAAGACACAAACCAGCCUGAAGACACAGGCCAGCUUGAAGACACAGGCCAGCUUGAAGACACAGGCCAGCCUGAAGACACAGGCCAGCCUAAAGACACAGGCCAGCUUGAAGACACAGGCCAGCUUGAAGACACAGGCCAGCCUGAAGAUACAGACCAGCCUGAAGAUACUGGCCAGCCUGAAGACACAGACCAGCCUGAAGACACAGACCAGCCUGAAGACACAGGCCAGCCUGAAGACACAGGCCAGCCUGAAGACACAGGCCAGCCUGAAGACACAGGCCAGCCUGAAGACACAGGCCAGCCUGAAGACACAGGCCAGCCUGAAGACACAGGCCAGCUUGAAGACACAGGCCAGCUUGAAGACACAGGCCAGCUUGAAGACACAGGCCAGCUUGAAGACACAGGCCAGCCUGAAGACACAGGCCAGCCUGAAGACACAGGCCAGCCUGAAGACACAGGCCAGCCUGAAGACACAGGCCAGCCUGAAGACACAGGCCAGCCUGAAGACACAGGCCAGCCUGAAGACACAGGCCAGCUUGAAGACACAGGCCAGCCUGAAGAUACAGGCCAGCCUGAAGAUACAGACCAGCCUGAAGAUACUGGUCAGCCUGAAGACACAGGCCAGCCUGAAGACACAGGCCAGCCUGAAGACACAGGCCAGCCUGAAGACACUGGCCAGCCUGAAGACACAGGCCAGCCUGAAGACACAGGCCAGCCUGAAGACACAGGCCAGCCUGAAGACACAGGCCAGCCUGAAGACACAGGCCAGCCUGAAGACACAGGCCAGCCUGAAGACACAGGCCAGCCUGAAGACACAGGCCAGCCUGAAGACACAGGCCAGCCUGAAGACACUGGCCAGCCUGAAGACACUGGCCAGCCUGAAGACACUGGCCAGCCUGAAGACACUGGCCAGCCUGAAGACACUGGCCAGCCUGAAGACACUGGCCAGCCUGAAGACACUGGCCAGCCUGAAGACACAGGCCAGCCUGAAGACACAGGCCAGCCUGAAGACACAGGCCAGCCUGAAGACACAGGCCAGCCUAAAGACACACGCCAGCCUGAAGACACAGACCAGCCUGAAGACACAGGCCAGCCUGAAGACACAGACCAACCUGAAGACACAGACCAGCCUGAAGACACAGGCCAGCCUGAAGAUACAGACCAGCCUGAAGAUACUGGCCAGCCCGAAGAUACAGACCAGCCUGAAGAUACGCUACGAAACUAG